AUGAUUCGAAGACAAAACCGACAACGGAGGGACUACCUCUACCGCAGGGCGCUCCUGCUGCGAGACGCCGAGAUCAGCGAGAAACGGGCCAAGCUUAGAGAGAGCCUUGCCACUGGCAAGCCCUUGGACCGGUCCAUUGCCAACGACGAGCAACUGAGGAAGGACUUCCAAUAUGACGAAGCACGGCCUGAUCACAAGGACCAGUUGGACCUCGAUGACGAGUAUGCGGCGCUGUCCGGAAUUGUCGACCCUCGAGUCCUGGUGACCACUUCUCGAUCACCUUCCAGUCGACUGGCUGCCUUUUCCAAGGAAAUCCGCCUGCUGAUGCCUACGGCGAUCCGUCUAAAUCGAGGCAACACCAUUCUCCCCGAGCUGGGAUUCACCACGCCAAUUGGCCAGCGAGUUGUAAAGGUUCUCAAGCACCUCUUCCCCCCUCUGCCAGCGGCUGAAAGCAAACCGAAGAGUGGCAGAGUUGUUACCUUUAAGAAUGUGGAUGAUAUCAUAGAGGUCAGGCAUCAUGUGUUUGUCAGGACAUCGUAUGAUUCCUGUGAGCUCAGCGAGGUAGGGCCUCGUAUGAGCCUCCGACCCUUCGAGAUACGCGGUGGUUCUCUUGAGAACAAGGACGGUGAUGUUGAGUGGCACCUCAACUCGUACACCCGCACUAGUCGGAAGAAGAACUUCCUCUGA